UUUUUUUUGAAUCACAUCUCGCUCCAACAAAACCUGCUCAUUUUUCUACUCAGGACUUGACUUGAUGCCUCCUCAACCAGACAAAGGAAAAACACCAGCUACUGCAUCGUCCUCUACAUCAGCAACACAAGCUCCAUAUAAUCCCAUUGCAAGGGUCAUCUGGGAUGGAUCCAUACCCAUCCAAUUUUCUUGGGACAAGGCUGAGGCCGCAGCAGUAGGGUCCAAUGCUGUCGAAUCAUUCUUUUAUGAAGCACCAAGAUGUUCCUAUUUUUCACUCCUCACCACCCAUGUCAGAAAGCAUUUUGUGGAUAUGGCAUUACAUUUUAUUGGGGAUGAUGCUGAAGUCUGGUACGACUACGAAGGCAUUCCAUUGAAGUGGCAUUAUCCAAUUGGACUUUUGUACGACAUUCAUGGACUUCAGGCAUCUGGAGGCAAUGCUACAAAAGGAUCAUUGUUGCCAUGGAAGAUCACAGUGCAUUUUCAGAACUUUCCUGCAGAUAAAUUAAUCAAGAGCCAGGCUAUUGACAGCUGUCAGGAUUACUUUAUGUCCAUGAUCAAGGAAGCCGAUUAUCUACGUAAUGGAUCCACCAAAAAAGUCAUGAAUAUGUCAAAAUCGGAUCAAACGCAGCUGUGGGAUGGAUUGUGGUCAAACAACUAUGAUCGGUUUUGGGGUAUGAAUCAUAAACUUGUGAUGAACGAUGGUGUAAUGCCCAGGAAUCUUCCUAUUAGGAUAUACUUGCCAGAAAACUGUCCCGUUAUUCAGGAACCAAUCUCGCCUGUAGAUGAAAACAAUCAACCAAAGUCACUGCGAAGGAUCCUUUAUCAAUCAUUGCCAGAUCUUUUUCCUUUGGUGGAAACAGGACCGCCAGUAGCGACGGCAAUGAUUCACGGUAUCACCCCUAGUUUAGAGACGAGCGCACUCUGGGCAGCACAAAAUAUGUCAUACCCCGACAACUUUCUGCACCUGGUUAUUAUUAUCAAAUAAGAAAAUACACACUUUGCGUAUUUGUUAUGAAAUGGAGAGACGCUAUCGUCUUCAUUAAAUAAUAAAAAUCGCGCUUUAAUAAGCCUCAGG